GCUGUCGCACAGCUUGCGCCUUGUGCCUUUUAAUCCAGUCGAUGCCCACCGUGUACAGCACGCCGCUCCCUUCACCUUCCCAAUGCAUUGUCAACUUGCCUCUGCUCUGCUACUCACGCUGGUUGCGCAGGGCUCAGCCCGCUCUAUUCACUCCAAGCGAGUCAGCGGGACCAUUUCGACGUCCUUCACCGAUAGAUCUGCUGGUGCCUCCUUCGGUGCAACCGAUGUGCAAAGCAUAAUCAAUGCCGGCGUCAAAGUUUGGCUCUCUGGCGAUGGAGGUCAUACAUUGUACGGCAACAUUCAGAACUCUGGCUCGCUUGUCAUUAGUCAGACAGAUGCGGUGAGCUCCCCGCUCUACGGACGGGCUGUUGAAUGGGAAGGCGCAGGUGCCAGCAAUGGUAAUCUCAUCAACAAUGCUGGUGCAUCUAUCCUUCUCAACGAUGUCUCCGCUUCCUCUUCCUCAAGUGCCCGUUGGUACAUUCAAAGUAUGAACAAUGCAGGCACCAUCCAGUGGUGCGGUCGUGGAAAUGCGGUCAGUUACCUUUACAACCUCAUCUCCAAAGGCUCGAGUGUCAACAGUGGUCUCUUAGUCUUUGAGCAAAAAAGCGGUGACACGGGUAUGCUUGCUGCAUGGAGCAAUGAGGUAUUGGACUCAACAACUGGAACUCCAAGUGCUACACUGACCAACAAUGGUGGUGUCCUUGUACGCUCGAUGCAAGUCACUUUAAGGCAGAAUUUCUUCGGGGAUGGUUGCUGGAUGAUCGGCAAUGCCGCUACCUUGUACCUGCAGAGUGGUGUUCGUGUCUUUCAGAACCCGACGAGGGGACCUGCCCUCGCCGGUCAAAGUAUCGCUUUUCUGGACGGCACUGGCACGCUUCAUCUGGAUGAGCUUGUCUAUCAGUCGACGGCAUUCAACUUUGGUGCAUCAAUAUUUGGCUUCGGUGCAGGCAACAAGCUCGAGUUCAGCCAGGAGAUUACAUCCUGGACUUAUUUCUCCGAUAUUCUUGAGAUCCUUUUUGUCAACGGGAAAUUCGCCUAUUUCACCAUUGGGACGGGCUACUCUGCAGAUGGCUUCUUUAGAGCCAGUGGACCUGUCUGGAACUUCAUCGGAUAUUCCGGUGUUGUUCCCAUCUUUUCGCCGCCUGCGAAGUGUCUCAUGUCUGUUCCGGUCUGUGCGCCUCUGUUGUCUGACUUGAGUGUCUCGUCUGCGUUAUCAAGCAGCACUGCUCCCGCGGCGAGCUCGUCAGCUACGCCAGCUACUACUCUUUCUACUGCAUCUGUGUCUGGCUCAACUUCAAGCGCAGUCGUUCCACCAGCUACGUCCUUGAUAUCGUCUUCUACAACCUCGAUCGCUGUGCCGGCCAUAUCAUCUACGACUUCAAAUGAAGCACCCAUUGUCACUUCAUCUACGAUAUCAAGCGAGGCGCCGCCCGUCACGACGCUUAUGACGGCUAUUCCUACCACGACUAGCGAAGGAUCCCCAAUCUCUUCGCUUUUGGGCUGCUUUCAAGACUCUGCCCAAUUUGGCGGCGUUCGCACAUUCAAUGGUCCCUCCUACGUUGACACGAAUGGCCUGACCAACCAGGCCUGUGCAUCAUUCUGCACCAGCAAAGGCUUCCCUAUUUCUGCAACUGAGUACAGUCAAGAGUGUUAUUGCGGCGGCGAAGUUCCAACAACUGGCUCUGCCGUUUGCAGUAAGCCUUGUUCUGGUGACCCUACACAGAUCUGUGGAGGAGAUUGGGCCUUGUCAGUAUCAAGGACAUCUAAUGUGCCAGUCAAUUCUGUCUCAUCAGCUCCCUCUCCCAGUGUCACGGCUAUCGACUACAUCCCAUUCAAGUACGAUGGCCAACUUGCUGGUUGCUUUGCUGAUGCUGCCGAGACGGGUGACGUCAGAACACUGUCUGGUGCCACUUAUCGAGACUCGAGCUCUUUGACCAAUGAAAAGUGCGCCAACUUUUGUGGCGACAAGGGUUUUGCGUACUCUGGCACUGAAGAUGGUCAGGAGUGCUGGUGUAGCAGUACGCUGCCUACAGUCAGCUCUACGCGCUGCGAUGCAGCUUGCAAGGGCAACACUACACAGACUUGCGGUGGACCAUGGGCGCUGAUAGUCACCAUCAAUCAAGCCAUUGUGGAGCAGAGCAGCAGUGCUACGCCCUCUCAACCGCCUUUCACUGCGCUGGGUUGUUUUGCGGAUAGCGUGAAUGCACGCGUCUUCAGUGGCUUCAGCUACACGAACAGCUCUGUGACUCCAGCUCAGUGCGCUGCCAAAUGUUCUUCUCUCUUGUUCCCCUUCUCUGGUACCGAAUUUGGCAAUGAAUGCUUCUGCAGCAGCGUUGCUCCCGCAGCGGCUUCUACUCAGUGCAACAAGCCUUGUGCUGGCAAUUCCAUUUUGCUCUGUGGUGGUCCGGAUGCCAUGACGGUAUAUCGGGAUGAAAGCCUUCCCGUGAUCGCUGACUACACUUGCCCUGGAAUCCCUGCAGGCUUUGUCUUCUGUAUGGAAGGUCAACGUGUCAGCGGUGGCAGGUGUGUCAGUGCCUAGAUGACUCCUUUCAUAUGCAUACUUCCUAUUCUAUAUCUCAUAAUAAUCCCUUGUCCUUGAGUCUCAGGGGUCUUGUGCAGUUUGUCCAACUU